CUCUUGCCUGUUUGUUUCAUUUUGCUUUUCUUGAGCGCGCUGCAGCAUAGGAGCUUUUCUUACAUCAAAUUUCUCUUGUUUCUUUUCUUUUUUCUUUUUUCUUUCCUUCCGCACAUCAGAGAGAUUUUGGUCACUCAGCGAUAGGUUUUGAAUCGUACAUAUAUAUACGACAAUAGUGCCCCUCGCUCUACCUAACCCCAGAUGCAUCGUUCUCCUGUCAGCUCGACCCGUCUGUCACAAUGGACACUCUAAAGAAGAUUCUCAUUGCAAUUCUGGCCAUAUCUUUUAUGGUAUUCAUCACCUUUUUCGGCAGACUUCCUGCUUUAAGGAAAACGCCCAUCGCCUGGCUGCACAGGUUGUUAUGGAUUCAUUUUCCCAACCUGGUGGUGAGUAUAGAUCAGAGACUCACUGGCGGGAGGGUGACUGGAUCGCUGUCAUGGAUUUAUAAUCGCCUCAUGUAUGACCGUCAUCCAACUAUCGUGAUCUUCUUUUUAUUGAUCAUGACGGUGUCCGAGUACAUGUAUCUCCCUAACAUCUGGCCCAAGAUCGGCCUCUUCACAAAAUUCACCGCUUCCAUCGCCGUCAUCAUGCCCUACGUAUUCCUCUACCUCGCUUGCUCCGCAGAUCCAGGAUACAUCACCCGCGAGAAUCAUGCGUAUCAUAUGUCUCUCUACCCAUAUGACUACACCCUCUUCCACCCCGGCAACGAAUGCCGCACCUGUCGGUUUCUCAAGCCCGCAAGGUCCAAGCACUGCGAUGUUUGUAAACGCUGCAUCGCCAGGGCCGAUCAUCACUGCGUCUUCAUCAACUCGUGUGUGGGCUACGGCAAUCAUCACUGGUUCCUUCUCCUCCUUUUAUCGACGUGCGUCUUGGCCACCUACGGCGGCAUACUAGGUCUCUACCUGAUGACAUCGAAAAUAAAGGAGGAUUACCCAAUGUGGACCAUCUGGCCAGCCAAGGAUUUGGAAUUCAGCGACUAUCUCGCUGUUUGGGGUUGGGGCAUCCAGGGGGACAUCAGCGUUGGUGCUGCCACUCUCCUUGCUCUCCUCACCUCUCCUCUGAUCUGGGCUCUCUUCCUUUAUACCCUCUUCCUCAUCUACUGCGGAACCACGACCAACGAAUCCAUGAAAUGGACAGACUACAAAGAGGACAUGAGAGAUGGCUAUGCUUUUCGACGUCCUUUGGCGCCCAAUCGACCGCGCGACUUGCGUUUGGAGCCACUGUGUCCUCGGUGGCCCUCGUCGCCAGAGCACAUCAUAUUGGCCACCCAAGACGCUCAGCCGCCAGGUAACGACAGGAAUUACCCAGGUGAGGGCGAGUGGGAAAAUGUAUGGGACCUGAAGAGCGUCGACAACUUGUAUGAUAUGGGAUUCUGGCAUAACCUUGGCGAUGUCUUCUUUUCCGAUUAUACAGUUGAUGAUGGGACAGGGGAGCCCCCAGCUGAGCGUCGGCCGCGAGGGAGAAGUAUAUCUACCAAGUCUGGAUAUCCUCAAUAGAGAGCAGUGAAUGCCCUUGUAAUAUAUACCUGUGGAAUUGGAAAGAAACCAGUUCGUAAAUAAAGUUGAAAUAAUGG